CAAAGCUACUAGGACAGGAAAAUAGAUGGGAAGAAUGGGUUCUGGAUGGUCAGGGAAUGAGGCUCUUCAGUACAAUGAAGAGCCCAGUAUGCUGUUUUCGCAUGGUCAUGAUGAUGACCAUGAAAUUGCUGUGGAGGGGCCAGAACCAAAGAUCCCUGAUAACAGUGAUGUUGUCACAAAGGUUGUGAAGUUAGAAAGAGAGGAACUCAAGGCCCUUGAAGAGCCAUGGAAGCAGCUUGGUCAUGGCCGUCGUGUCUAUGAAAUUUGUGUGGAGGCAGCACCAGAACUGAAGUUAACCCAUGACUAUGUAAAUGUGACAAAAGUUGCAGAGACAGAAAAAGAAGUUCUUCAGCUUCUCGAUGAUCCAAGUGCAUUACUUGGUCAUCCUUGGGACUAUGAAGUAAUAGAGAGAGCCCCAGAACAGAAAGUUCCUCACAACUAUGAUGCCAUCAUCAGAGAUGCAGACUCCCUGGUUGAUGAGACCUCCCUGGAGAAGCUGUAUGACAUUCUCCACUCUGGAGUGUUUUUAAACCAAAAGAGAAAGAAAUACUGGGUUGAAGCAAAGUCAGGUUAUAAUUGCUUCAUGUUGUUCGCAAGAGCUCUUUCGAUCACUUGGAGCGACGAUAAGCGCUACUGGCACUGGCCUUAUCGGCAAGAAACAAAUGAUGUGCUUGUGGAUGUUGCUGAACUCUUGAAGGUCUGCAGGCUUGAAGUACAUGGAAAUUUUGACAUUACAAACUUCACACCUGGAGUGAUGUAUGAGAUUGCAUUUGUAGUGAUGUUAAGAGAGCCUAUAUGUGGGUGGGAAGCUCCUGUAAACCUACUAUUCACACUCCCUGAUGGGGAAAAGCAGGAACGCAAAGUCUGUCUUGUUUCCAAGCCAAGAGGACAAUGGUUCGAGAUUCUAGUGGGGAAAUUUCGCGCGUCACCGGAAAAGGCCGGUGACAUACAGUUCUCCCUCUUUGAAUUGGAAGGUGGGCAGUGGAAGAAAGGGCUUGUCAUCAAAGGUGUCAUAAUCAGGCCAAGAAACAACAUUGAAGAGAAAUUAAACAAGAAUUGCUUUAGAUUGAUUGCAAGGGAUCUUUCAAUCACUUGGGGUGAAAACAAUUGUCACUGGUGCUGGUCUUGUUUGAAAGAAACAAAUGAUGUUUAUGUCGAGGUAGCAGAACUUCUAAAGGUCUGUUGGCUUGAUGUGCUUGGAAAGUUUGAUACAUCAAACCUUCCAUCAGGAAUCAUGUAUGAGGUUGCUUUCAUAGUGAUGUUGAAAGAUAGUGCGACUGGAUGGGAAGUGCCAGUGCACCUUCGACUAGCACUUCCAGAUGGAAAAACACAGGAACAUGAAGAGUACCUGCUAUCGAAACCUAGAGGAGAAUGGAUGAAGCUUAAAGUAGGGGAAUUCCAGGCAUACCCAGGAAAAUCAAGAGACAUUCAAUUCUCACUCUUUGAAAUAGAAAAGGGGAACUGGAAGAGCGGGCUCAUAAUCAAAGGUGUCACAAUUAGGCCAAAGUACUGAAUCCAAAGCAACUUUCUAUUUCUAGAUAUAGAAAAAAAAAAGCCCCAAAGGGCAAUGAACAAUCAUAGUAAUGUCCUAAAAUAAGCUUAUAAGGAUACACUCAGAAUUCUGAGCACACCAUCACCACAAUCUUUUACCCAAAAUGUAGAUAUUCAAAUAAUCUUGAUAAUAAGUUCAGAUCUUGAUUCGGAUAUUAUAUUUCAGAGAGAGACCAAGCACCAUAGGUUGUUUCUCAUUUGUAACAGUGAAUAUGGACUCUGCUGAUUCCUUUUCAGUUAAUAAUGAAUAAAAAAAUGCUAGUCUAUUUCCUUGCA